AUGCUCUCGAAGACAUCGACUCCGAAUGUGAACUGCACCUUGGUGGAUAACACCUUCGGUCCUUAUGCCGGGCCUUACUGUCGAGGGGGGUUCGAUUUCACCCUCCUCUUCUCUGAGGUUUUUCUUUCAAUUGUACCUCUAUCUAUACUCUUAGCUGUCGUUCCGUUCAGGUCUUUCUACCUGUGGCGAAGGCAGACAAAAGUCAAAAAGUCAACGCUAUUGCACACAAAGCUGAUAGGAUGGGCCCUCUUCGCUGGCUUCGAGCUGGCCCUUCUGGUAAUAUGGGCAAGUCGCAAAGCUCACGUAAGGCCUGUUGGGCUAGCCUCCGCUACUGUCAGCUUUGCUGGGGCCUUACUGCUAGGCCUCUUCUCAUAUGUGGAACAUAUGCGCUCUAUCAGGCCGUCACUCCUGCUCAACCUGUACCUUUUCUUCACAUUCUUGUUCGACAUCGAGCGGUCCCGCAGCUAUGCAUUGAUGCCUGAAUUAAGUCUUGUGGCUACUGUGUUCGCUACACGGCUUGCAGUGAAGCUAUUUCUGGCCGUAGCGGAGUGUAAAGAUAAACGAAGACACCUCCUUCCAGAAUAUGCCAACUGCCCCCCAGAGGCUACAAGUGGUAUUUACAAACGUGCCUCGUUCUGGUGGCUAAACGAGUUAUUCAAGAAGGGUUACUCCAAUGCUUUGACUGUGGAUGAUCUCUUCCACUUGGAUAAAUAUCUACGUGCAGACUACAUGCACAAUGUAUUGGGUUCAGCAUGGGCGCGAUUGGAAAGUGCCAGCGCAAAUGCUCUAUUUACCACAACCGUGGGAAGGUUGAAGUGGUCGAUCUUGGCAGUUGUCCCGCCUCGGCUCUGUCUGAUUGGCUUCAACUUCUGUCAGCCAUUCCUCAUCAACAGAGCAGUCAAGUUCUCCCAGGAAACCUCAAACGUUCAACAAAGAAACAUUGGAUAUGGACUCAUUGGCGCUUACAUCAUCGUUUUCGUCGGCAUCGCUGUCUCCACAGGACAAUACAUGCAUUUGACAUUUCGCUUCAUCACACAGAUGCGUGGUGGCCUCGUCUCAAUGUUGUACAGCAAAGCUACCGAGGUUGCUUUGAACGAUGUUGACACGGCCUCUUCGAUCACACUGAUGAGCGCUGAUGUGGAACGCAUUGUCACUGGAAUGGAAACUGGACACGAGAUCUGGUCCAACACAUUGGAAAUUGGACUGGCCAUGUACUUGCUGGAGCGACAACUGGGCGCAGCAUGCGCUAUACCCAUUGGCAUCGCGGUUUUGUCACUGCUGGGAUCCAUUGCUGCGACUAGCAUGGUCAUGCAGAGACAGGCACUUUGGCUUGAGGGCAUCGAGAGGCGCAUCGCUGCCACAAGUGCUAUGCUCAGCUCCAUGAAGGGAGUAAAGAUGGGCGGUCUCACCGAAGUCCUUAGGGAAGAUUUGCACAAGCUGCGAAUUGAUGAGCUCAAUAUCUCCAAGAAAUUUCGAAAGCUACUUAUCUGGACCAUGGGUUUCACAUACAUUUCCCCCAUUGCAUCUCCCAUUCUUGCGUUCGCAGUCUUUUCAGUGAUCGCACAGAAUAGUGGAGGCAAAAGCACACUUGAUACUGCAACUGUCUUCACAUCUCUGUCUCUGUUCACCCUUCUCACGGAGCCUCUCGGUUCGCUCAUCAUGGCUCUUUCGUCCCUCAUGGGUGGCGUUGGAUCAUUCCAGCGAAUUCAGGAGUUCAUCUCACAAGCCCCACGCGCUGACCGCCGUGCAUACACACCUCCCCAUACAUCCAGUGCUACAUGGCUUUCAGAGGCAGGCAGUCUAUUUGAGAAGGGAUCCGUCGCUUCUCAAAAGAGCCGCUCUUCCACCGAGGUCAAAGAGUCCAACACAUCUCAAGCAAUCGUCAUCGAAGACGGCUACUUUGGGUGGGAUCCAGAAAAGCAGCCGGAAGGCACCCUGCAGCAGAUCGACAUGAUUGUUCCACGAGGCAAAAUUACCAUGGUCGUGGGACCGGUAGGUUGUGGCAAAUCAACCCUGCUUAAAGCUGUGCUAGGAGAACUGCCGGUCAUGGGUGGUACCCUGCAAAUGUCAUCCCUGCGCAUCGCCUUUUGUGACCAAAGCCCAUGGCACACAAACGGAACUGUCCAGGAAAGCAUCAUCGGCGUAUCGAAUUUUGAUCAACGUUGGUAUUCGUCUGUUGUUCGAGCCUGCGCCUUGGAUGACGAUCUCGCACAGCUGCCCCAAGGUGACCAAACAGAGAUCGGCAGCAACGGUAUUGCGUUGAGUGGGGGCCAAAGCCAACGACUUGCCCUUGCAAGAGCAGUUUACGCACAAAAAGACAUAAUAAUCCUCGACGAUUGUCUCAGCGGUCUUGACGGCCAGACAGAGAACCGAAUCUGGCACAGCCUAUUUGGCAAGCGAGGAUUACUAAGGCGUUGCAGGACGACUGUUCUCAUAUCUUCAUCAUCCGCCAAGCGGGUUCCUUACUGUGAUCAUAUCGUCUCUCUCAAUCAAGAUGGAAAGAUUUCUGAACAAGGGCCUUUUGAAAAGCUGAAGAGGUCGGGCGGUUACGUAUCAGGAUUCGAUCUUCCAAAGCCCGACUGGAACUACAGCCCAGAGAAACAUAUUUACGAGGCUCCGCCUAGGUACACCGAGCGUCAAACGGACAGCAGCAAGCUCAUAGGUGAUGAGAGUCAAUCCGAAGCCAACCGCCGUAUGGGUGACACUGCCAUCUACCUUUAUUACAUUGGUUCAGUAGGAUGGAUUCCCACCUUGAUCUUCAUGUUUUCAAUCAUGAUCUUCAUUUUCGGCACUAUUUUCCCUACCGUCUGGGUGAAGAUGUGGGCAGAUUAUAAUCAGGAUCAUCCAAACGAGCGCCUCGGUUAUUGGUUGGGUAUCUACUCGACUUUCGGUGGCUUGGCAAUGAUCUUUCUGGUUGUGAGUUGUUGGCAGCUAAUCAUUACUAUGGUUCCUCGCUCGGGUGUUGCAUUUCACAGGAAGCUCUUAGAUACAGUGCUUGGCUCACCCAUGUCCUUCUUCUCGACAACCGAUUCUGGAGUCACUCUCAACCGCUUCAGCCAAGAUCUCAUGUUGAUCGACAUGGAGUUGCCGUUGGCUGCAUUGAAUACUUUCGCUACAUUCGUGCUUUGCGUUGGUCAGAUGGCCCUCAUCGCUGUAUCAGCUCCUUACGCAGCCAUUGCUUUCCCAGUCGUAGCCCUCAGUGUUUACUUCAUCCAGAAGUUCUAUCUCCGCACGUCACGCCAGCUUCGUUUCCUCGACUUGGAAGCCAAAUCUCCCCUCUACACCCAAUUCAGCGAAAUACUAGAGGGACUUCCAACGAUUCGUGCAUUUGGCUGGCAAGAGUAUGUUGAGAAGAAGGCCAAGACGUUGCUUGAUCGUAGUCAGCGGCCCUUCUACCUACUCUUCGCAAUCCAACGCUGGUUAACUCUUGUGCUGGAUCUGUUGGUGGCAGCAAUAGCCACUAUUCUUAUUAUUCUAGUGGUAACACUGCGAGGAAAGCUCAGCGCCGGAUAUGUAGGCGUUGCCCUGCUCAAUGUCGUGCUUUUCUCGCAAAACAUCAAGUUGUUGAUCUCGUUCUGGACACAACUUGAAACACACAUUGGCAGUGUGGCCAGAGUCAAGAGCUUCACUACUGAUCCCAUUACGGAAAACAAGGAAGGCGAAGACCGUGUUCCACCACCCCAUUGGCCUAGUUCUGGAAAAGUCGAAUUCAAGAACAUUGAAGCAUGCCAUCGUCCUGGCGAGCCUGUAAUCUCAGACCUCUCUCUUACAAUCAAGCCUGGUGAGAAGGUUGCCAUUGUUGGCCGAACUGGCAGCGGUAAAUCGUCAUUAGUUCUUUCUCUUUUCCGCAUGAUUGAGCUUUCUUCCGGCAGCAUUACCAUUGACUCACUUCCAAUAACGGAGAUACCGCGCCAAAUUAUCCGUAGUCGCCUCAUCGGUCUCCCACAGGACGCUUACCUACUCCCCGGCUCCAUCCGCCUCAAUGCUGAUCCUUUGGGUGAGUCCAACGACAAAGCCAUCAUGGCUGCGAUGAAGGAUGUUCAGCUCUGGGAUAUCAUUGUGGCCAAGGGAGAUGCGGAAAAGUACUCCCAUCCACUCGACGUCGAAGUUGACGACCUCCACUUCUCCCAUGGCCAGCGUCAGCUCUUCUGCUUGGCGCGAGCCAUGUUGCGUAAAGACAAGGCGAGUGUCGUUAUUAUGGAUGAAGCAACUAGCAACCUUGAUGCAACGACUGAUGCUCAUGUUCAACGUCUCCUUCGCUCCACUUUCCCUCACCACACUCUCAUCUCCGUGGCGCACAAGCUUGACACCAUACUUGACUUUGACAAGGUCGUUGUCAUGAACAAGGGUCAGCUUGUGGAGUAUGGACGGCCACAUCAGCUACUAGAGCGCCAGGGUAGCUGGUUUAAGAGCUUGUAUGAAGAGGUGGGUAUGAGAGAGGAUGCCGAUGAUGAUCUUGGUGUAGUGUCCUAA